UAUUUAGAAAGCGCAGAACGACUGUCAAAGAAAGCAACCAUGUUUUCUAUGAAGUCCAUCAUUAUAUUCUGUCACCUCCUUCUGUCUCUGAAUGCCAUAAAUGUGAAGUUUCUGCCAUGUGAUGUUUACGGCAAUGUCACUAAAGUGGACUGCCAUGAUAGAUCCUUGGAUCGUGUCAUUUACAUCAAAGAAGACAGAGUUUUGUCCCUCAAUCUCAGCCUGAAUAGAAUCAGUAAAGUGGCAGACAACACUUUCUCUGGUGUACCAAACCUCCUCACCUUGGAUAUGACCCGCAAUGGAAAUCCUUAUUCACCUGAACUGGAUAUCCACCACUGCGCUUUCAAGGUCUUGCCAAAGCUUCAGCAUCUGUUUCUGUCCCAUAACAGACUCAGACAUAUUCCUUGGCUUCCUGAAAGCUUGCUUGAACUGAAUCUUGAGGGCAAUCGGAUCUUCCACAUCGAGAAUCCGUUUAAGACUCCACUUCUUGAGAAGCUCUUCCUCGGCUACAACUGCUAUUAUGGAAACCCUUGUUAUGAGCCCUUUUACAUCGCAGAAAGUGCUUUUGAACACCUGACACGUCUUUGGGUUCUUGAUUUGGCCUUUGAUAAUUUGACGGCUGUACCACAAGGAUUACCCCGGUCAUUGGAGAAACUGAAUUUAAAAGAAAACAGACUGACUGAGAUCCCAAACCGAGCUUUUGUCAACCUGACAAAGCUUGUUUAUCUGAAUCUUGAAUGGAACUGUCAGCGUUGCGACCAUGCAGCACAGCCUUGCUUUCCUUGCCCAUACAACAACCCACUGAAACUACAUCCUCAGUCCUUCUUUUCAGAGAACAGUUCCAUUGGCUAUCUCAGUUUGAGGGGAAACUCUAUUAAAACAUUCCCUAAGGGCAUUUUUAAGCCUUUAAAAAAGUUGGGUCGACUGGACCUCUCUGACAACAGGCUUGCAUUCGCCAUACAGAACGCCUCUUUUUUUGGAGAGCUCACUCACCUUAAUUGGAUAAGUCUCAUCUACAAUUUUGAGCCCGCAACAAUCUUUGAUUCAUUCAAUCUAUCGACAUAUAUCGGCAAAAUGAUAAAGUUAAAAUAUCUUCUUUUGAGUGGAAUUUUUUUCAAAUCGCUGUCAACUCAGAGCUUAGAAGUUCUCUCCCAGCUGAAGACACUUCACACACUGGAACUCAGGAUGAAUUUCAUGAGUAAAUUCGAUUUUCAAAGCCUCAAACGGUUUCCCUCUCUUCAAAGUAUUAUCCUGACUCAAAACAUGCUAACCUUUAAUGAAUGCCCAUCCAGAGGGCUGUUCAUGGGUCAGUCAGAGGCAGUAAGCGAAAGGCAAGCAAUAUUCUCUAGCAGAUUCCAGACUCCACAUGAAAUCUUGGUUUAUCCCCACUGUAGUCCAGAGGUUGAAGCCUGGAAACCUUGUGGCUUGGAAUCAUUUGCAUUAUCAGUUCUUUAUAAUAAACAGUGCAAUGGAGGAUUUACUCUUGACCUAUCUCAGAAUGACAUUCUAUUUCUUACAAAUAACACUUUCGCUGGCCUAGAGAACGUAACAUGCUUGGACCUGUCCCUUAAUUAUAUGAGCCAGACUCUAAGUAAAGGUGAUUUUUCUGGUUUGACUAAAUUAGUUGCACUGAAUAUGUCUCACAAUCGAAUUGAUCUUUUUUAUGAUCAUGCUUUUAGCGAGCUAAAUAAAACCCUGAAAUUGUUAGACCUCAGUAACAAUGACUUCCAUUUUAAUAUGAGGGGCAUGUUCCAUAAACUUGGUUUCAUCCAUAAUCUUCAGAACUUGGAAGUCUUGAGUUUGGCCAACAAUAACAUUCAGAUGCGAAUUGAUCACCAGCUGAAUAGCAGCUCACUGAGGACCCUCUACUUCAAUGGAAAUCGCUUGGAUUACAUGUGGAAAACCAAAGAGAAGUACGGACACUUCUUCCAAAAACUCACAAAUCUCACUUACCUGGACAUCUCCAAUAAUCAGCUGACAGAGAUUUCGGACGACAUUUUGACUAACUUGCCCAAAAGUCUGCAGUUCUUGGUGAUAAGCGAUAACCACUUGGCAUUCUUCCCUUGGGCGAACAUCACGGCACUGAGCAAUCUGACUCUCCUGGAUUUGAGUAACAAUGCUCUUGACUUUCUUCCCAGCACCAUUCUAAAAUUCGAUUCCAAUUUAAAGUGCCUGUAUCUCAAUAACAAUCAAUUUUAUAGCUUCCCUGAAAGCGUUCUGAUUCAGUUGAAAUCCUUACAAGUUCUUCACCUGGACCACAACCAGAUCAAGGAGAUGCACUUCAAGUUCACCCCAAAACCGUCAUCCAACAAAACUGCCCUGAAGGAACUCACCUUGCAUUCCAACCCUUUCAGAUGUAACUGCAGUACAGCGUGGUUUUCUGUUUUCUUAGCGACCACUUCAAUACGCAUUCCCUUCCUCACCACAUCUGUCCUAUGCGCCUACCCAGAAUCUCAAAUUGGCAAGAGCAUGUUGUUAAUAGAUCAGCAUUCCUGCCAGGAGAUUUAUGGCAGCCUGGCCUUCUUUGUGAACUUCUGCUUGGUUAUUUUGUUCACUACACUGCCCCUUCUGAAGCAUCUAUAUGGCUGGGACCUGUGGUACUGCCUUCAGGUACUCUGGGCUGGUCAGAAGGGAUAUUCCCAGCUGCCUGGAAGUGAUUGUCAUUACCAUGCGUUUGUGGUGUUUGACACGGGUAACCCUGCUGUCAGAGACUGGGUGUACAACGAGCUUGUCGUUCAUCUGGAGGACAGACACAGAAGGUUUAAUCUGUGUUUGGAGGAGAGGGACUGGGUUCCUGGGCUGUCAUGCAUCGAAAAUCUCCACAACGCCGUCUACAAAAGCGUGAAGACGGUGUUCGUGCUCUCCAGUGGAAAGGCAUUGAACGGGGUGAUUCGUCAGGCUUUCUACAUGGUUCAACAGCGACUUCUGGACGAGAAGGUGGAUGUAGCUGUGCUGGUUUUACUGGAUGAGAUGUACCCCAAACUGAAGUACCUGCAGCUGAGGAAGCGGCUUUGCGGGAAGUCGGUUCUGACUUGGCCCAAAAAUCCUCUGGCACAGCCCCUUUUCUGGAAUCAAGUGAGAAUGGCACUGUCGUCGGAUAAUCUCAAGCUCUACGAUCAAAACAUGAGUGAAAGUUUUAACAUGUGAUGUGUUUAUUCACACUUGGUCACUGUAACUGAUUUCAUAACUGGUUGUUUUCAUCUUGAUAGUAAGGUGUCAUUUUAUAUUCUAUUUUAAUAUUAAUUUCUAAUUUGCCUAAUUAUGAUUGCACUGUGAUUUAAUCACAAAUCGAUUUUCUCCAGACUUGAAUUGAAUUGGAAUUGAAUUGAUGAUUUUGAAGAUUUUGAAGUUUGAAAUUGUUUGCGGAUAAUUACUGGUGUUGAUUCUUGUUAGGUAUUUUCUAAUAAUGUCAAAAUGCCACACAUUUCCUGCCUUGAA